UAUUCUUUAGCCAUCUUCUCUUCCUUUUCCUUGGCCAAAGUUUCUGUCUUUAAGGGUUUUCUUUAAUUUUCCUGUUCUGGAAAUGUUUUGCAGCCAUUUUUUUAUAUAUAUAUGGGGGUUUUCUUUGGUAAAAUGCAUCUCAAAUCAACCCAGAAUAUCAGUCUUGAAUCCCAAGUUCCUCCAUUUAUCAAAGGCAUAAGCUAAUAACAUGGUGCGCAAGAAUCAGGACGAGAAGAAACUAAAACUUAACCAACCAAUUCUGUCAGUAAGACGAUCAUCGGGGAAAGAUGACAAGAGAAAGAUUGAUGAUUCUUCCCUCCAUACUGUUCCUCAGCCUGUUCUUUACAGAUCAGAAUCCAAGCUGGAUCCCGUGAGGAGCCCAGGAGUUGUGCCGUUCGUCUGGGAAGAGAGCCCGGGAAAGCCAAAGGAUAGAGUAAAACCGCAAAAUAAUAAUACCACGGGGAGGGUUCGUGUUGUUCCAAGGCUUCCCCAUGGGAGAGUGGCUAAAACUAACUAUCAAUGCUUUGAUAAUAGUGAGGAGGAGUGUGAGAUAUCUGAGGCAGAGAAUGAUGAUGAAGGGUAUGCAGAGAGUUCGAAAUCUAAGGUGUUGUUUGUAGAUUGUAAAGCGGGGAGUUUUAAGGGCUCGGAUGAAGAACCAGACAGAACAAGUUCAGAAACUCGGGAUUUCGUGAUUGGUCUGUUUCUGCCAGCAACUAAGACAAUGGCUUCAGAAACACCUCUAUAUGUUCCCGGGAAGCCAAGAACGAGAAAGAAUGUGGCCAAGGCUGAUAGGCGGCCUCGGUUGCAGCUAGAGCCGAGUGGUGGAUGGCAUUGUUACCAAUCUCACGAUUGUGAAGACGACGAGCACAAACAUGAAACCUUAUUCCCUGCUAAAGCCUGUGGAGUAGUCCCUCGAUUAUGUGUGAGAAGCUCGAUCUUCAUCCUGAAUCCUGUGCCUGCAAUGACUGUAAAAACUCGGGUGCACACCUCUCCCGGGAGCAGGCAGAGAUACUCGUUUGCUCGUUCAUGCACCGGACUAAACGAUGAGAUUAUCCUUUCACAGCGACCAACUUCUGGUUUAACAAAGCAGAAAUCACAACGUUAUGCCCAUAGCGAACCGCCUCAAACACAUGAAAUAAAAGCUGUUCUUCCCACACAAGGAUUCGGGGCUAAUCCCAGGCUCGAUGCAUUGAGGGUAUGCAAAAAAUUCAGCAGAAAACUUCAGGAGUUACUGGCCGAUCACAGUGGCUCAACGCGAGAAGAUUCAUCUCCAGUUCUGGGAUUUGAUUCUCCUGUGACAAAGAUGAAACCACAACAAAAACCCAUCCUGGAUUUUUCUUUCAGAGACAAAACAAAGCCUUUUGUUCAAGAAACUGUGAACUUUGAUAUGUUAACUUCUGGGUAUGAAUCAGGAAGGAAUCCAGUGAAGGAUUAUUAUGGAGAAGCUGAUAAGCGUUACGAGCUCACAAUCACCUCUCUCGAUUCUUCUGACAGUGAAGAAGAAGAUGAAAGGUCCAUAAAGCAGGAAGCUUUAACAAGAAAGUUAAAACAGUCACAGGGAAUGAUGCAUUUGGAGGUUCCAGCAUCUCCACCUUUGCCCAAAUCUCCAUCAGAUUCAUGGCUUUUCCGGACCUUGCCUUCAUUGUCCACUAAAACUUCACCUUUAAGGCCAUACCUGUCAGAAAAUCCAAGUUCUGUGGUGCAAUCUGGGGAUCCCCAUUGUUAAACAUUUACAAUGUUGUUGGAACAAACAGUACAUGCAUUUCUCUUACAAUGAACAAAUAAGUGUUAUAUAUGCGCCAAGAAUGAUGAUGCUGAAGCAGUAUGUUGGAUGGCUGAAUAGAAACUGAUAUGGAAGGAGACAAUUCAGGAUGAAAGUUCUUCUUCAAUAACCAACAACUUCUUUUUCUUUU